AUGUCGUCAGUACAUCUCACGGAUCUGACCCGCCAGAUUGAGUCCGUUGUGGCCGCUGCAACAGACACCCAAGCAGAUGAUACGAAUCAGCUACCCGGCCAUAGCUAUCAGACAGGAGGCAUUGCCAUGGGACUCUUCGAUGUGGCAGCACAGCACACUGACGCAUCUAAUGAGAAAACGGUCACUCUUUCAUAG